ACGACUUUUAUCUUUAUCUCUCUUUGAAUAAUCAUAAAUAAUUACUAACACCACUCGCAAUAAGAUUAUUCAGUAUUUAUUAGUGACCCUCGAAAUGAUGUUAUUGAAAUGGUGCUGUUGUGUUAUACUGAUUAUUUUGUUAUCUUUCGUAGAUCAGAGUCAGUGUAUUUUUUCUUCUCGUUCAUCUAGUUCAGGAUCCAGAGGCAGUUCAUUCGGUUCACGUGGUUCUAGUUCUUUUGGAUCUGGAUCUCGAAGCUCCAGCUCUUGGGGAUCAUCUGGAUCAUCAUUUGGAUCUAGUGGAUCACGUGGUAGUACAUUUGGAUCUAGUGGAUCACGUAGUAGUACAUUUGGAUCUGGAUCGCGAGGUUCAAGUUCCUUUGGAUCAUUUGGAUCGCACGGAACUUCAUUUGGAUCUGGAUCUCGUGGUUCGAGUUCAUCAUUUGGAUCUUCUGGAAGUUACGGAUGGAAAGUCACUGCCAAACCAGUUACUUCGAGACCCUUUACUAAUUUUAAGCCUGUUACCAGUAGAUUUCAAUCAGUAACUACUAGGGUAAAACCUGUUUCAAGUGGAUUCCAUACAGCUGCACCUUCGCACAGAACUUAUUCUAGACAACCGGCCUUUAAUCCGAAUUUUAAUGCCGCUCCAAGUAAAGUUACCCCUUCUCCUGGAGUUCGCCAUGCCAUUACCAAACAACCAGCGUAUAAUCCCUUCUUUACAACAUCUUCUCACUUAAGUGCCCCUAAGAAGCCCCAAAAUAAUCCAUUCUUCACUUCUUCACCUAAUCACGGAAAUAGUCAGUUUGGUCGUCCGACAUCUAGGCCAGUUUUUCAGAAUCCACACCAGAGAAAUAAUGCAUCUGGUUUUAAUAAUUUUGCAUCACCAAAGACUGGUUCUGUCUUUAAUACACAACAAAAUCAUGGAUCAUCUUUUAACAGUUUUGGAAGUGCUACGUCAAGGCCACGCUUUAACAGUAGCACUGGAUUUAAUAACCAGAGACCCGCUUUCUCAAAUUCUGGUUCUGCUUUUAAUACACAAAACCACGGAUCUGGUUUGAAUAAUUUUGGAAGUGCUUCAUCAAGACCACGCUUCAACAGUAGCAAUGGAUUCAGCCAGCGACCCGUCUUUCAAACACCUUUGGGCAAUGGAAACUUGGGACGGCCGGUGCAACCUUGGCGUCCUGGCAAUAGCAGCAGUAACUGGGGACAUAACCAGAGACCACUUUACAGUACCUCUAAACCUCUCUACCAAGGACGAUCUUGGAAUACAACAUCAUUCGGUGGAAGUUCGUUAAAUAGACCUGGAGCCCAAGGAAAUUUGUAUCAACCACCAACAAGCUACCGAAAUACUUAUACGACCGGCUCUGGAGUACACCCACACUAUCCUGUUCAACCGGUAUUGCAUCCUAUUUACACACAACCAUCAACAACAAUAAUUUACAACAACAACCAUUAUUAUGGAGGUUCAACAUAUUAUCGUCCCGGUUAUAGUUCAUUUGGAACGGGGUCCACCCACGUUACUGUUAUCAAUAAUAACAACUACCAUCACCACGUUAUAGCACCUACAAGUCAUUACUACAGUUAUGGUCCGCCAGCUAUUGGAGUAACUGUAGUGAACAAUUAUGAUCCAUUCGCAACCACACAUUAUCAUACAACUUACCAUUACUCUUCUUACGAUACUGGAAGUACUUCACUUGGUUUCUUCUUAGGGUAUCAAUUAGGAAGAAUUAGUCGACCAAGUUAUUACUAUCACAGUACCACCUACGUGAACAACGAAUAUGUUCCCAGAUAUGAUCAUUAUACUGUCCAUCAUUAUUACCAUAAUAGCGAAUCAAUACCCAAGGUAGCACCUAUUCAACCUAAUGCAGUUGUAGUUUGUCCAGGUGAUAGCAGUAGUUUAUGUCCUGCUGGUACUAUGUCACUCUGUACAAAUAACGGUGCAGUUAUGUGCGUUGUUAAUGCUAUGGACACAUCUCCCUGUUCUACAAACAAACAAGUUAAUUGUGCCAAUAGUACCAUACCAUGUGAAAAUAAUUCUUCACCAGAAUGUAAACAGAAGGCAUCAGCAUCUGUGUCUAUACCAUGCGUUUCUACUGCUAACAUACCAGCAAGUGUUGGUUUUAUUAACAACAGUGUUAUUGUAACAGACGCAAAUGAUCCAACUGUUAAAUCUUUUUGUGUGACAGUUGUAGCCUUACCCUCAAAAAAUGAAACAAAAGCAAGCAAAGAUCAAUUGAGUCAACACCUACUGGAAAACAGUGUACCAUUCCAGUAUACUACAAACCAAACUGGAGUUGAUCUUUUGGGGUAUUACUUAGCUCACAAGGUACAGAAUUUGGUCCAACCAACUUUUAGUUAUCUAAAUUAUGAUCAAAACUACAAUUAUGUAGAAAAGUUCGACCAUUACGACGUGUUCCAAUACUAUCACGGUGCUAAUGUCUUGCCAAAAGAAGUAGAGGUUAAACCAGAUCAGAUCAUGAGCUGCGCUGGAGACAGUGGUACUGUCUGUCCCCAAUAUACUUCAUCUUUAUGCCUCAAUGAUGGAGCAGUUAUUUGUGUAGCAAACAAAUCAUCUACAGCCUUCAGCAAUGAGCUUCAGACCAACUAUCUAAAUGGUAGUAUACCAUGCGAUAAACUUAAAUCUCCAUUUUGUGUACAUAAUCGAAACACAAAAGUACCUAUACAAAUUCCAUGUUUUUCCACUGCCAAAGUCUACGCUAAUAUAAGUUUAAUAGAAAAAAGCUUUGUAAUAGAUAAUGAUAUUCAACGUUAUAAAACUUUUGAACUUUCCAACGUAACUGCUAAUUCAACAGCCCAGAAUAUAACUGAACUUUGCGUAACUGUUUUACUUUUACCAGCAGAAAAAAACAUUGCUCAUGUACCCAAGAUGACAAAAGUAACAGGGUUACCUAAUACAGGCAAUCAUCUAAACUUAUCAAAAUAUAGUUACCGAGAUUUGGGCAAUAACGAAAUAGGACUAUAUUUACUUGAAACAUUACCAAAGCUAUCUUUCCCAUCCUACUAUUUUAUUAACGCUUAUUUGUAUUCUCAAAAUGGCACAGUACAAAAAUACGAUCAUUAUUCUGUACACUACCAAGAGCACGGCAGGGAAAUAAUACCUGCUGAUUUAGAAUUCCAAGCUUUUGACUUACGAGAGUGUGAAGGCGAUAGUGGUGUUAUCUGUCCCGUAAACACUUCCGCAAUUUGUCUCAACGAUGGUGGAGUAAUGUGUCUCACAGAUAUGUUAUUAACGAAAUCGUGUAGUAAAAAUUCUAGUACUACCUGCGUUCAAUCCAAUUUUGGUUGUGAAAACCGUAACCACUGCAGAAGUUUAAAGACUAUAGACAUACCAUGUAUAUCAACAGCGACAAUUUACGGGGAUAUUAUGUCAGUAAACCACAAUAUCUACGUUAACGAACCAAACUUAGCCAAACAAUACACCGAUCUUCAACUUAUCCCUGGAACAAACGUAAACAACACGCCAGUAUAUCACAAGGCACAGCAGUUUUGUGUAACAAUAGUUGCUUUACCAGAAGUCAGACAAUUGUCUGAAGGCGAAAAAUUACUAGCAGUCGCCAAUAAUUUAUUGGGUAACAUAAUGUUAAAAUUGUAUCGGUAAACGUAACCUCAUAUAAAUAUAGAAUAUAAUAAUUGAUACUUUUUACAAUAUUGAAAGACUGUUAAUAUAUGUAUUUGUGUCCAUAACAUUUAUUUUAUAUAAUUAUGAAUAUAAUUUACAUUUUAAUUCAUAUAAAUUAUUGUUGUUUGUACUUGAUUGGUAAAAUAAAUUUUAUUAUUUAUCUGAA